UGACAACCGAAGCGUAAACAAUCGGAAAGCGUGGAACGGAAAAUUCAAGUUGAAUCCGCGUUUGGAGAUUAACCUCCUAGCACAGCAGAAUGUCGGGGAUUUUGUUUGAGGACAUCUUCAACGUGAAAGACAUGGAUCCGGAGGGCAAAAAGUUUGACCGAGUCAGCCGGUUGCACUGCGAGUCCGAAUCGUUUAAAAUGGACCUUAUUUUGGACAUCAACUCGUGGCUGUACCCGAUGGAACUGGGAGACAAAUUCCGCCUUGUGCUGGCCACAACGUUACACGAAGACGGCACUGCCGCCAGCAUGGAGUACAACGCGGCCGAGAUAGAAGGGUCCCGCGCGGACAGCUUCGAGUACGUUAUGUUUGGUAAGGUGUACAGAAUUGAAGGGGACGACGCACAGACCGAAUCCUCCAAUCGACUCUCCGCGUACGUUUCUUUCGGCGGGCUCUUGAUGCGACUGCAGGGCGAUGCAAAUAAUUUGCACGGCUUCGAAAUAGAUCAAAAUAUGUUUUUGCUCAUGAAGAAGUUGGCGUUCUAGGGUAAGAGUGUAUAAAGUAAUCGGUGAGCGCAUUCGACGGAUGGAACAAUAAAUUCAACAUUCACCAACGAAGCUGGACCCGUAGACCUGUUGCUUGGCGCUAUUGGUCCGUUUGGGAAAGCCGGAUCCACAGGUAAAUGUUCAACGAAACACUGCCAAUAAGUAUGAAUAUCACCAGUAAAGUGGAUAGCAAGCUGCAAAUUCAUGGCUGAAAUGUAAAAUCCCAAGUGGAUGCGGAUAAUUCCAUAAACUAACCAUAGCAAAGAUGU